GGACGACGAGGAAGGGAUUAUGACCCCUCGUCAGCAGCCGCUUUUCUACGAAGAUGUUCGUAAUCCUACCGGAACUGGAUCACGAGCAUCAAGGGAUGUGUUAGAAGAUGUUCAUAAUCCAACCGGAACUGGAGCACGAGCAUCAAGGGAUGUGUCAUUACCUGCUUCUUCUUCGCAAGAUGUUAAUCUAGAUAUUUUUGAUAUAAGAAGAAGGACAAGAACUUCAAGUCUCACGCCAAUGCGAGCACCUGCAGAGCCACAGCUUGACUAUAAUAACGCCGCUGUAGUUCUUAACGAUAGGCUCCAAAACAUUCAGAUGCCGAAAGCAAAGUCGUUUCUUUUACGUCGUGGAGACGGGUUGGUCGACAGCGAGGUUGUCAACGGAGAACAAGCUGUCACUACUUCCGAAGUGAGCCCUCAGUUUGAGAAUGGACCACUGCUUCAAUAUACCGGAGGCCCCUACUUCAAUAUACAGCCUAGACCGCCAAGUGGGAGGUCUAGUUCUCGCGAACGUCCUUCACAGACUACCUUCGAGAGAACGGUGUCUGAUGCAAGCAGAACUAGUGAUGGAAGCAGAACUAGCAGAGCAGAACGGCCUCACACUGGCGCUGUUUAUCUUAAGGCAUUGAACCUUUUGAAUCUUGCUCAACUGAAGAUGAUAGACGAGAAUUUAAUUAAGUUUUAUCUUCUCAUCAGUACUAGCAGUACUUGCUUCCAGUGUUCCACCUCGAAUACUAGCUAAAUCUUGUCAUUGUGAUAUGCCAAUCAAAAAUAGCAAUCUCUGGCACUGUGUUGAGAUCUUUCUCGAUCAAUAUCAACUGAGCUUUUUCUAGACAGCUCGCAUCACUGAUUUCUACUCUGGAGGUAGUGGUAGACACCUCUAAGAACCGUGCUCCCGUUCCCGUUCCCUUGGAGCACCAUCGCACUGGCAGUUUUUCUUCCGAUACGUCAACGGUCCGCCAAUUUCCUAGGCAGACGAGUUCAGGACCAGGAAUGACUCGCCAAAUAAGUCCAGGACAAUUUGGACUUCGAUUUUCACGUACUUUCUUUCCGACGUCGUGUGAUGUCUGAUGAUCAUAGCUAAACACCACCCAUGUUGUUAAGCCUGUGAAGGUUGAUCAAACUCAAAAGUUAUAAAUAUUCAUCAUCAUCACCGUUCAUCAUCAUCAUCAUCAUCAUCAUCAUCACCAUAUGCUUACGCAUACUAUAAUUAUCUAUAUUAUAAACCAAAACUUAUUUUGAAUGCUAAACAGGAGUGAAUUUACGGCUUGAGAUGUACGCAAAUCAUGGCAAAGAUGUACGGGUGAGAUGUAUACGUCUGAGAUAUAUAUCUCGAGAUAUAUAUCUUAUACGUAAAUCACGGGAAAGAUGUACUCUUGGGAUGUACUUACACCGGGGCGAUUCAUAGUAGGUUUCCAAAAUUCCACUUUUUUGAGAUGUACGGAAAUCAUGGGAAAGAUGUACGGGCUAGAUGUAUACAUCUCGCGCCGUAAAAGUGCCGCGUUUUUGAGUACAACUUUCCCGCGAUUCUGCUCCUGCUAAGGCUUUCGGCAGUACCUCAAAAGUCAAAACCCUGAACCAACAGCACAAGCCAAGGACUGCGCUGAAUGGACAAAAAACGAAGAGCGAAGCGCCUCAGCCUGGGGCCAGUCAUCUCAUGAAGAAAAUCCGCUGCGUCUGCGUAUGUGCUACAAAAAGGACCCACAUGCAAACAAAGAAAUGCAAACAGAGGCAAGCACCCAGCAGCUACACGCUGAGCAAGUUAGCACCUGCGCGCUUUUUGGAUCAGGCGCCUGAGCUGGCUCAAACUCAAAGGGUCAGACCUUUCAAGCAGGUCAAAAGUAGACAGCGACUUCACAAAGCUGCGCGCUUUGGGUAAGGAUUUCGAGCUGACUCAAAGGAUGGGGCCGCUCAAGCACGUCAAAAGUAGACAGCAACUUCAUAAAGCUGCGCCUUUUGGAUAAGAAGUCUGAGCUGGCUCAAACUAAAAGGCUGGGACCUUUUAAGCACCUCGAAAGUGGUCAGCAAUCUCAUAAGUUUGCGCUUUAGUAUAAGGAGUCUGAGCGGGCUCAAAGGGUGGGACCUUUCAAGCAGAUCAAAAGUAGACAGCAAUCUCAUAAAGUUGUGCUUUUUGGAUAAGAGGUCUGAGCUGGCUCAAAGGGUGAGACCUUUCAAGCAGGUCAAAAGUAGACAGCAAUCUCAUAAAGUUGCGCUUUUUGGAUAAGGAGUCUGAGCGACGUCAAAGGGUGAGACCUUUCAAGCAGCUCAAAAGCAGACAGCAACGGUAUAGAGCUGCGCUCUUUGGAUAACAGGUCUGAGCUAAGUCAAAGGGCGACACCUUUCAAGCAGCUCAAAAGGAGGCAGCAACUUCACAGCGUUGCGCUCUUUGGAUAAGGGGCCUGAGCUGGAUCAAAGGGUGGGACCUUUCAAGCAGGUCAAAAAUAGAGAGGAAACGCAUAAAGCCACGCGCUUUGCGUAAGAGGCUGGAGCAGAGUGAAAAGGUGGGGCCCUUCAAGCAGGCCAAAAGUAGACGACAGCAAUCACAUAAAGCGGCGCGCUUCGGAUAGGAUGCCUGAGUGGCCUCAGCUGGGUCAAAAGGUGGGACCUUUCAAGCAGGUCAAAAGUGGGCAGCAAUUUCCUAGAGCUGCGCUCUUUGAGUAAGGCGCCUGACUUGACUGAGUGAAAGCGUGGGACGCUACGAGCAGGCCAAAAGUAGGCAGCAGCUUCACGAAGUAGAUUGCGCCUUUUGAGCAAGGAGCUUGAGCAAAGAAAGGCAAAAGGCGGGACCUCUCAAGCAAGCCAAGCCAAAAGCAGACAGCAGCCCCAUGGCGUUGCGCUUUUUGGAUAGGAUGCCCGAGCUUGGUCAAAUGGUGGGACCUUUCAAGCAGGUCAAAAGUGGGCAGCAAUUCCAGAAAGCUGCGCGCUUUGAAUGACCAAGCUGGCCAGAUCUGGGCCAAAGAGCGAGACCUUUCCAGCAGGUCAAAAGUGGGCAGCCAUUUCAUAGAGCUGCGCCCUUUGAUUGUGGAAGGCCUCUGAGUGAGCUGAUUGAAAGGCUGGGGCCUUUCUUUCAAGCAGGUCAAAAGUAGAGAGCAAUAUCAUACCGCUGCGCUUUUUGGGUGGGAGGUUUGAGCAGAGUCAAAAGCCGAGACCUUUCAAGCAGGUCACUCAAAAGUAGGCAGCAACUUCAUAAAGCUGCGCCUUUUGGGUCGGGUGCCUGCGCUGGGUCAGAGGGUGAGACCUUCCCAGCAAGUCAAAAGGGCCAGCAGCUUCACAGCGUUGCGCCGUUUGGAUGAGGGUCUUGAACUGAGCCAAAGGGUGGGACCUCUGAAGCAGCUCACAAGUACGCAGCAACUUCAUCGCGUUGCGCUUUUUGGAUCAGAAAAGAAUGGGCGCAAAGGACAAGGCCUCUCGAGUAGGCCAUAAGUAACCAGCAAGCCCAUAGGCUUGGGCCUGCUUUCUGAUCAGAAAGCUCAAGCGGCUCACAGAUUGCAUCGCCCAAGCACAUGAAAGCCGCACAGCACUGCUCGCGUGGCGUUGUUCUUGUUCACUUAGAUCAAAGCCUUGAGAUGACGCAUGCCCACACCUCUCGAGAAAGCCAGAAGCAGAUAGGGAAGCUAAGCGAUAGAGCGCAACUUGCCGUAAGCUUGGGAGGGCAAAUGGCUCACAGAGAGCACACGCGAAGCAGCUGAAGCGUAGGCAGCAACGCGACACCAUAAAGCUGCGUGAUUUGGAUGGAAAACCCAAAACGGCGCAAAGAGUAAAACCCCGCAAACAGGCCGAGAGUAGAACGGAGCCGCCCCCUAGUUCUCUCCACGGAAAAGAUCUACGGUAGACGUUCUCAUGGUGAGCGGAGUCGGGCGUAGUGCUUCGCCCACUAUGCGGAGAACCGAAAGCGACAAGCCUGGGGCCCCCCUCGUGACACUGCCAUGCCAGCCGGAGACGCAACACACUCCAAGAGUAGGGGACCCACGCCCAAAACCAGGGCCAGGGGGCGCGCGAGGUUCUCAUGGUGAGCGGAGUCGACUGCAGUGCUUCGCCCAGCCACUACGCUGAGAACCAAAAACAGCAGGCCUGGAGUGAUCUGCUCAAGGAUUUGACUCUCGGCGUAUGUAUUUGGUUACCCGUUUGCCUCAUUCGUUCGAAGUAGUUCCUUUUGGGCGUUUCGGGUGCUGCCAGGGCGGGGGUUUAUGUAGCACGUAGUAGCUUGCAGCGCGGAGCUGCUUCGCUUAUUCCAUAGCCCGCCACUCUUUACGUAAUUCGUAGCACGCCGGUAGGCCGUAUGGGUUUUAUGUAACUCGUAGCAUUUGCCAGACCCUUCCGCCCUGCCCCGGCGUGUGUACACGCCGGGGGCACGUGGGCGGUAUCAAUAUCUAAUGAAAGCCACUUCAAUCUAGACAAUUCCAUCAUCCUUCUCAUCAUUACCACAAUUACAUACCUUGUUCUUCAUCACUUCUAUCAUUAUAUAUCACUUCUUGUCGCUAUAAUUUCAUCAUUAUCUUCUUCGUAUCACUUGUAGCUAUUUCAUGAUUAUCUUCUUGUUCUUCGUCAUUUUCAUCAGCUCCCGAGGACAUGGAUCUUCAACGAGGGGAGGAGCGGACCCCUGAUACACGAGGGAUGAGCUUAGGGUUGUUUUUGCCUGCGGGUUUUGGCAGUCCAGCAGCAUCACCACAGUCCUUCCAGUCCUUCACGGCUGAGCGCUUAUCGGCUACCCCAACCAACAGCAACUCGAACUUUGCUCUGGGUGGAGACCGCUUCUCUCAUAGAAGUGGCUUGACUGGCAGUCCUUAUGGGAGCAACUCCAACUUUGCUAUGAACUUUGCUAUGGAGGUUGAGGGAGGAUAUGGGGCUGGUGUCAGCUUCAGUGGCAGCGGAGGACUCGAAGGAGAUCGAGGCACCCCAGUUGGAAGUUUUAGUGGCAGCAACAGGGGAGAACUGCUGACGGGUGGCGUUCCCAGUGCUGAUCACCUUCUAGAGGAGUCGAGAAAUACCUACACGACGAUCGGAGAUAUGUUGCCGAGAACUUCCACUAGUCCACUGCAAGAACAUCCAAAUGAAAAUAGCAGAGUAACGCCUCCUGUCAGAGUAGAAACGGGAGAAUUAGUAUUACAAGAAAGUGGAAGGAGGAGAAGGGCACCUCAAGCUGCCAGAAGUACAGAGAUGAAUCAAGCUUCUGUGUCCGAGUCACCAACAAGAAGACGCUCACUCAGACUUGAAGAAGAUGCGUCCCCAGAAGCUGCACACAGUUCUACUGAACGUCGAGGUGUAUCUGAGAGCUGCGCUACUAGGCCUUCCGUAGGAGGAAGCAAAACAUCUGCCCAAAAUCGGAGAAGAACUUCACCAGGGACGAGCCGUAGAAGUACUGCUCGUGCAUUAAUAUCAGGACAAGCCACUAAUGACGGUACUCUGAAGGCUUCUAGAAGACCAGGAUCGAGCUCAAUUUCGAAGAUGAAGAGGACCUACCGGAAAACUGCUGACUAUGAAAUGCCAAGCUCAGAAGCAGUGUACUCUGUUUUAUGGUCAGCUUUUAUCCAUCUUCUCUCUCAACAUCUUGGUACCAUAAUUUUGCUCUGUAUUCUCAUGAAAUACAAGGUAAAAGGGGGCCAAGAUGAGCGGACCGAGAUGCAUUGUGGCACACGCUAACUGUUGACGCGGAUAGCUGUUUCGGCUCUAUCCUCGAACACUGGCAAAGAGCGAAGGAUCAGCGACGACGUCGACCAAGCCUUGCAUCAUGGUGCAGGCGGAAGGUCAAAGGUCCAAUCAUGUUAUGAACAACAUGAACGCUGUUGUUGUUGUUUUCAUAAGCACUUUGCAAUCGAAAUCUAGGUUGUUGCGUAGUUCCGCAUGAGUGAACAAGUGGUCUUGAAGUUUUUGUAGUCUUUCACAACUACAUAAACCCUUCUCGAACAUGCUUCAGCCAUGCUCUUUUGAUUUUGUCCCACAAAUAAAUUAUUCUAAUAGCCGAUUUGCUGCGCCGCGGCCGCUCGUUCCGUGAAUCUGAAGGAUCAUGCUUAUCGGGAAUCCUAAGAUCGAUGCAAGAGUGAUGUUUUGAAGUGUGAAGUUGCCAAAUUAUGCGUCCUAAUUUUCGUCAUUUUCAUAUCCUUUUUCUUACUUUGUCUUUGAGUUGUUCGCAUAAGUAGAUACAAAUGAUCACCAAGAAGCCUAUAAGCUGUAAAUCUCAGAAAUCUUACUCUGAUAGCUUCAAUUUUCGAAAGUAUUAUUGAAUGACGACGUUCCCUGUAUUUUAUUUUUGAUGAUUACGUGUGAAGAUUUGAAGCUAAGUCUUAUAAACAAAUUGAAAUUUUGAUAGUGCAAUUAUCUAAGUUCAUACAGAAGAAUCGGAAUCCAUUACACGUGUACAAUUCUCAUAUCUGCGUGCUGCUAGUACUUCUUCUAUGCCAAGUUUGACACACGACUGAAAUACCUGUACAUUCGGGUAAGCACUACAAGUCCUGGAGCCCCACGACUCCCUGGGGCUGGAUACAACGCGAGCAUCUACGUUUUAGGAUGUCCUCCUCCUCUGAAGAAAUCAACAACGCUUGUUCAGAGGAGGAGGACAUCAUCAAAGAAGACAACAUACCUUCUAUGUGCGCAGGCUGAGUUAGUAGACUCAGAAUUAUCUACACCUCCACGACCAUUCCCAAUAUCUGAUUGAGUGUCAAUGUUCUUUUCAACAUUUGUAGUUGUACACGUGUAAGCCUAGUCUUGGCGCGAAAUUCAGGAGAUGCCAAAGCUGUACACUUCAACACAGGCGUUUCGAAUAUCAGGCAUCGAUAAAUUCUCUCCGAUAAACCUUCUGCGACAAAUCUUUUACUCCGCUUCUUGAUAGUGUUGGCUGGACUUGGGGGCAAUUUCUUACGGCUUAUGUAUCGUGAAUGAAUACCGACUGGUCACCAGUGGUGCUGACCGUAAGGGCCUCAUCACAUGAUAGAUGCGAGAUCUUAUUCGUAAAAGUAUCAAAAAUGUGACUAUACGAAGCACUUCAAAUCAUCUAUCAUGAACACAAAGCCUGUUGUCACUUGGCAAGUGCAAUCUGUAGGUCUGUGGAUAACCGUCUAUCCUUCUCCUAAUAGUAGUAACCUCGCUCGUAU